AAAAGUCAAUGAACUCAAACUCCAAUCAGAGGUGCAUCAUUUUCGAAUACCUACUGUUUUUCUCAUUUUUGCAAUUUAUUUUAUCAAUAUUCCUGUCGAUAUUAUUAAAUUAAAUGCAUAAGAUGAUAAAUUAAUCAUUAUUCAUAUAAAUAACGCUAUUGGUACAUUGUUACAUCCUAUCUUUUUAUUCGAAAGAGGGUUUGUAAUAUUUCUGUUUAUCAGCAAAACAAUGUUAAUAACCUACUGUUUUGGUUUGUUUCUGCAAAACAAAGGUGUUUGAUUAUUGUGUCCGUUCAUAAUAGUGGAAGAAUACAGACAAGAUGAUGGAAGCCUCUUCAUCCCGUUUCACGGCAGCAGAGGGCGGUGCCCGGUUGGCCAUGGCUGCAAACAACAAAAAUAUCUUGGCAGUUGAAUAUGCAUCCUUUAUAGCGACAAGGCUCAUACAUGAAGACGCAUAUAAGAUAAGAGGCUCACUCUUCGACGGUCGUCAGAGAUCUGUUUACAUGACGCGCGGUUCACGUGUGCCCUACACGACGUACGAGCUGAAUAUAAUGACAGAUCUCAAAGUGGUGGGGGCGUCAGCUGUAGAGGACGUGUACGAUUGGUGCGCUGAACUUGAUAAGAAGGAGGUACUGGUGUGCACAUCCUCAGUCCUGAAACACAUUUUGGAGGAACAAACAUUGUCUAUAGCCAAAAUUAAUAUUUUAAUCAUAGACAGCUGCCAUCUCGUCUGGAGAGAUGAUAAUCUCAAAUAUAUAAUGAAACUUUACAAAGAGUGUGAUGUAAACGAUAGACCUAGAAUAUUAGCUUUAACAUACCCCUUAUUUACAUCGAGUAAGUAUAACAUAAACAAAACUGAAGAAAAGACAACAGAAACCAUAGAUAAUAACGAUGUAACAGAGAAAGAGACAGUUAAAGAAGAAGAAAAUGAAUCUACUGAAGCUCUAAAAGAAACUGCGGCUGUUGAAAAAGAAGAUAUUAAAGAAGAGAAAGCUGAAGAUGUUCCAAUGAAAGAUGAAGAUAAGAAUGUGUGUGAAAUGGAUGUCAAUGAGGAUGUGAAUGACUAUGAUAUGUAUGAGAAGCUUGAAUGGAAAAUUGAUGUGUUGGAGAAUGAGUUGUGCUGUGAAAUGGAUCUGGCCGAAGACAUCGAUGGUGGCAAGAGAAUGUCGUCGUCGAUAGCGAGACCGAAAGAAUUGGUGGUGGAAUAUGGCCAAAUAUCACCUCACGAUGCGUUACCAGAUGAGUACAAGGAAUUGGACAGUUUUAUGAGGACCACCGUCAAUGAUGCUUUGGACUUCAUCAAUGAGCACAGAUACGACCCCACUGAAAUUUACGGUGAAGAUUUGUAUGAAGAGUUCAAGAACAUCCCCGAUCCUACAAUAGAACCGAAAUUAAUUUUCAAACAGUUUUUAUACGUUUUGAAUCAAUUAGGCCCUUACGCUGCAGACAAAGCAGCAUUCUCUCUACUAGCUAAACUAGAAAAACUAAAAAUAAAAGUACCUUACGAAAGACAUUUUAUUUUACUAUGUCUUUGCACGUCUGUCUUCGUCAAAAUUAGAUGCUACGCCGAUUUGAUAUUUUCAAAAUACGACUCAGAUUGGGAUAAGAUAAAAUUGUUCUCAGCGCCAAAAGUUUUGAGGUUCGCCGAAAUACUGUUCAAGUUUCAACCGCCUGAAUUACAGAAGAGUACUGAAGAAACCACAGCUAAAAUGCUUAGUGACUUAGAAACGUGUGAUUUCAAAAGUCUCGGCAAUAAAAUCGAAGAUAAAGUCAACACUUACGAGGCUAACUUGAAAGAAUUGGAAGAUUACAGUGAAAUAAAGAGUGUUGUAGAUAGUAGCCAUAUUGUAAAUAACGUUAGCAGUGAAUUGGAUAGUGAAAGCAAUAUAAAUAGUGAUCUUAGUGUAAAAGAUAGAAAAGCAAGUGAGAAUAUUGGUAAAAAUAAACCCGAAGUGAUAAGUGAAAUAAAAUUGGAUGAGAAAAGUGAUAGUGUAGAUAAUAGUACAUUUGGAACUAAAAGUUUUAAUGAUAAGAAUGAGUCAGUUGGUCAUAGGGAUAGUGGAAAAGUUGGUUUUUCAAGGAGAUCAGGGGGUAGAGUCAGGGGUAAGGGGAGGGGACAGAGAGGUAACACGGCGCGGGUGCAGCAAAUGCAUCAGAAUCCUGACGCUUUGUGCGGUAUAGUGUUUAUGAGAGAAGCGUUAAUGGCGAAGAUUAUGUUCAUGUUAAUAGUGGAUAUGUCUCGCGCACACCCUAAGUUGUCUUACUUGUGCGCCCAAUAUUGCGCCGUAGAGUCACCUGCUGACCCUGGAACCGAACCCAAAGAAUGCCAGAGACAAGGCAAGAAGCAAGAAGAGGUACUAAAGAAGUUUCGUAUGCAUGAAUGUAACCUGCUUCUUGCUACCUCCGUAUUGGAAGAAGGCAUCGAUUUGCCACGAUGCAAUCUCGUACUGCGUUGGGAUAUACCGCCUUCGUAUAGAUCAUAUGGUUUGUCUCGUGGACGCGCUCGUGCAUCUCGUGCUUCGUGCGUGCUUCUCUGUCGAGGAGACGGCUCCACAACAGUUGAUCUGGUCCAUAAUCUGGCCAUCUACCGGGAAUUAGACCAGAUAAUCAGUAGAAAAUGCGGUUGUGGUAUACAAGAUGAACCACCUGAAUCCGAAGAAACCUCUGCAGACGCUUACACUCUAGUCAUUAAGCCUUACACGCCUGAGGAAGUGGACAAAAACAAAAAUUCCGAACUUAAAACUAACGAUAAUCAAGUAGAUAAUGAUUUGAAGAAAGAUACCGCAAUCGAUAAUGACACUAAUAUUAAUGAUGAUAAAGACGAAUUUCUAUUUAAAGAUAAUAGCAAUGAAGUAGUUGAUAAAAUAGAUUUGGAUAUCGCUAAAGAUGAUGUGAGUGAAAAAAAUAUAAACGACAGUGAAAAAUCUACAGAAGAUAUGGUAAAAGAAACGGAUUGUGGAUUAGAAAAUGAAUUUAGUGUUAUGAAUAUUAAAGAAAAGUGUAAUAUUGAUAACGAUGUAUAUAAAAUCAAUGAUUCAAACGACUAUAAAAGUGAAAGUGUUAAUAUGUUCUGCAAUAGAUGUAACAGUUUGAAAAUCAGUGGUGACGUAGAGUGUUCGUGUUCGAUAGAGAGAAUAAGUGAUAGUGCGAGUAGGACAGAGAGUAAAGUGGAAAAGGAUGGCAAGAAGAUUAGUGAUAGUGAUAUUGCCAGUGUGGAUCUCAGUACUGCUAUAGCGCUUAUUAAUAGGUAUUGUGGGAAACUACCAUCGGAUACGUUUACCCGCUUAGCACCACAAUGGUGGAUGGAGGAAGUUCAACUUCCCAUACCGGGAUCUGAUUACACAAGAGCAGCUUAUAUCUGCACCCUGAGGUUACCACUCAACUGUCCUGUCAAAUACAAUAUUGUGGGUCACCCUAUGCCUACUAGGGUAUUAGCACGUAGGAUGGUAGCACUCCAAGCGUGCAGGAUAUUACACAAGUCUGGAGAACUCGAUAACCAGCUAAUGCCUAUAGGCAAAGAGAACUUUAAAGCCGCAGAGUUAGAUACCAGUUUGGGUUGUAACAAUACUGAUAAUGCAAGCGACCCGAACGAUGUGGCCAGACCUGGCACUACAAAACGGCGGCAAUACUACUUCAAGAAGACAGCGUGGGCGUUUACAGACUGCCAACCUGUAAUAGACACGAAAGAUUCGGAUAUAGAACCGCGGGAAGACGUCACGCAGUCUGACGGUGGCAACACCGUGCCAAUCAACAACGGUAAAAAACGCAAUAUGUUGUACGCGAUCGUUUCAAAACUAUGGUGCGCGUUACCUGAGCGAUACAAUACUCGUGGUAGAAGACUUCACGCACCGCAGAAUGCUAACCAAGCCAUAGGUAUACUGAUGGCGCGAGAAAAUAACGACGAUCUUCAAAUACCGGCAUUUCCUGUGUACACGCGAUCCGGUGAAGUGAGAGUAUCUGUGGAGUAUGUACCAGACGCUGACGUCAGAAUGUCACCUAGAAGAGGUCGAUUGGUUAGGAGGUUCAUGCGAUUCGUGUUCGCGGAUGUUUUACGCGUGCGACGCCGCGGUAUGAAGCUAUGCAGCGAAGGAUGCACACAGAACAACUACUAUAUCGUGCCCACAGUGAGGACAAUAAGAGAGGAUGGCAGCAGUAAGAUAGAUAUAGACUGGUCGUUCCUGGAACUGAUAUAUCAAUAUACUGAGCAGAAGAAGCAUUCAGAUAUCGAGAAACCGAUCAUGUGGACUCAAGACGAGGAGGAAAUGGACGAGCCCGAUGAAAAGGUAGAAAAAGAGAAGGAGCGCGACGUGAAAGUGAAAGAGGUGCAGAAUCCCCUAUUGAAGCCGGGCGAGGUGUUUGUGUUCGACGCGGAAAAGUAUAAAGAAGCAGUUGUGACCCCCUGGUAUAGGAAUCAAGAUCAACCCCAGUUCUUCCUGGUAGCGGAGAUCUGUUGGAAUCUAACACCGGACUCGGCGUUUCCAUCUGAAGCUCACGGCAGCUUCCGCGCGUAUUAUCUGCAGAAAUAUGGGGCGUCGCUCACGCAGUCCAACCAACCUCUACUGGACGUGGACCAUACUAGUGCUAGGCUCAACUUGCUCACACCCAGAUACGUGAACAGAAAAGGCGUAGCGUUGCCCGUGUCUUCAGAACGCACGAGGCGCGCGAAGCGGGACCGCCUCGACCAGAAGCAGAUCCUCGUGCCGGAGCUGUGCAGGGUGCACCCCUUCGCGGCGCCGCUGUGGUUCGCCACCGUGGCGCUGCCGUGCGUGCUGUACAGAAUAAACGCCCUACUGAUAGCCGAUGAGAUAAGACGCGCGGUCGCCGUGGAAGUGGGUCUGGGUGUUGCUAAAGUCGACGAACAGUCCUGUCCCGGUUUCAAAUGGCCACCACUGGACUUCGGAUGGAGUCUAGCUGAGGUGCUUAGUGCUGAUUCGGAAAAGAGCGAGAAGAGGAAAGACGAAGAAGAAACAAAGAAAGAAGAGAAAGACCAGGAGAAUGGAGAAAAAGAGAAGGAAGAUACGGAAGAAAACCAG